AUGCCUGAUAGAGUCAAAUCAGGACAAAACUGUGCCAGGUGCAAAAACCCUUGCAAAACGGGAUUAAAAUGCAUUAAAUGUGGAGUACUUUCACAUAAUAGCUGUUUGGAAAAGAUCAGAAAUGUCCAAAUGCUCAACGAUGGAUCAGUCAUAUGUUGUGCUGCUACCUUACUAAAUGGUUCCCAGAAAGUAGCAGAACAACUCCCUGCUGCCGUAAUAGAACCGGGUAGUGAUGCGGACAAAAUAACUAUCAAAUUCUUAGAGAAGUUAAAUUUACAGAAAGAUCUAACUAUUAAAAAUCAAGAGAUCGCAAUAAAUGCACUGAUGGAACAGGUCUCCUUACUUAAACAAAGAACAGAAGAACUUCUUAAUUUGGGUACAGUUUCGCCCACUACAGCGCAUGACGGAAACUGUGAGCAAAAGCAAACUGGCUUGCAAAGGCACAUAACUAACAAAGAUGCGUCCUUAGCUAUAAUGACAGCGCAAACAAGGAACACCUGCGGAGGUGUAAUUAAUCUGAAUAACGAUGUAAAUCCACAUCGUAGAAAUAACUCAAGAAGAAUUCUAACGGGGAAAAAAGAAUCGUUGGAAAAUUGUCCGUUUAAAGCUGCAGUAAACAACGCCCAGUCACACUAUCAUGUUACUAACAUGGGCCCCGACACUGAUCAAUCUGAACUGCAAGUAUACCUAAAAGGGUUCGCCCCAAAUGUGCAAGUCGUUAAAAUGAAUGCCAGAAGACCGGAUCUCUAUGCAUCAUUUAAAAUAUCAGUGCCAAGAAAUGAAGCUGAGCCCAUCUUAAAUUGUGAAAUAUGGCCCACUGACGUUAUCGUUAAUGAGUUUUUUCCACCAAAGCGUUCCUCUGAACAUUACCGACAACGCAGAGGUGACGCAUCCACCAAGUGAAAUAUGUAUUUCUGACUUCCAGCACUCACUGUUUCACAUCAAUGUCCAAAGUAUGAACUUCAGGUAAUCCUCAAUGAAAAACCAUUCAACAUUUUAUGCAUAUCCGAACACUGGCUAGAUUUAAAUAUUUUGAAAUCAAUUAAGUUGCAUAAUUAUAGAUUAGUUUCUUCCUUCUGUCGAAAAUCCCGUAAGUUACAUGGAGGGGUAGCCAUUUUUGCCCGAGAAUUUGUAGAGAUUAAAGAGAUUAAUGUAUCUAAAUUUUGUAAAGCUAUAGACGCAGAGUUCUGUGCCGCCGAAUACGGAAAAAAUACUGCGAUUGUAACCUUGUACAGAUCUUCAAGUAAAGGUAACGUCUCAGUAUUUAUAGAGAAACUAACAGAUAUAAUUGAGGAACUUCUACACACAUAUAAAACACUUAUCAUCAUGGGUGACAUUAAUAUUGACAUUGAUGGGAGUACAGAGACUGCUGGAGAUCUCCGUAACAUGUUCCAUAGUUACGGUCUUAAACAUUUGGUUCAUACACCUACGAGAAUCACAAUGACAACAAAAUCAUGUCUAGAUAAUAUAAUAACAAAUAUCAGUCAAAAUAACAUGAUCUCUGGCGUUUAUGAACCAUUAAUAUCUGAUCAUUCCGGCACUUAUAUUCUGUUCAACCCCAAACCUCCUGCAAAAAACGUCUCAUAUAAGAAAAGAAUUAUUAAUAAUAAUAGUUUAAUACAUUUUGCAGGACAUUUGGAUAAAAUUCGUUGGUCUGAUUAUGAUUUAAAUAAUGAAAAUUCUGGUUCGUCUGCGAAUAUUAUAUUAGAUAUCAUACAGUCAGGGGUAAAUGUAUGUUUUCCAUUGAAAUCUGUUUCUCAUAAAAAAAGAGGGUUGAAGUGGUUCUCAAGUGAAUUAAAAUUAUUACGACAGGAAGUUCAUUCUUGUAAGAAUAAGUUUAGGAAUUCUAACUCACCGCAAGACUGG